CCAUCUCCAAACCAACUAUUUGCCUUAUAGUCUUUAACAGUAGAAAUUAAAGAAAAUUUAUAAGAAGGAUUAAAACAUAUAACUUAGUUAUGGCAGACAGGCUAACGCAACUGCAGGAUACCGUAAACCAACAAGCAGAACACUUCUGCAAUGCUAUUGGUGUCAUUCAGCAGACAUCUUACCCCAGCAAGUUUGCAAAUUUUGACAGGACAGGCUCACAGACACCCAUACAAAACCCACCUCAGGAGGAUUAUGCUCAGCUUUUUGCACAAUUAAUAGCUCGAUGUGCUAAAGACAUUGAUACUUUAAUUGAGUCUUUGCCUAAUGAAGACAGUUCCAUUGAAUUACAAAAUUGUAGUCUUAAGCGACUAGAGUUUGAAAACCAAGAAACUGCUGAGCAACUUGAACAAGUUGUCCAGAAAGGAGAACUUUUGCUGGAAAAAAUCCAGUCUGCUUUGGGGGACAUUGCUCAAGCACAAUUGGAUAUGCAAAUAACAUUAAAAUCAAGUUCACAAUAAAUCGCUUGCAUGAAUAUAGCUUGUACUGAUUGUUUAUUCUAGUUACAAUUUAUUUUACUUAAAGCGCUCUGACGGAACGCGUUAAAUAUCCAAAUACUAAUUAUACUGUGCUCAUGAAAUAUAUAUUUAUUUUUAAGGAUUGAUAUUUUUAGGUUCAAAAUCAAAGACCAAUUUUUUUACUUCUUACUAUUCUAUAUGUUUAAAAUCAAAUACUCUUAAAAUAAAUUUGUGAAGUACAUAAAUGUUCUGUUGACAUCCCCGUAAAUAUGUGUUGAAUAUACAAACUAAUCUUAUUUUUUCACAUAUGUAUAUACAAUCGACAUUGGACAUCUAUAUCAUGGAGCUGCCAUAAGAACGAUCGGUCGAAAAGUUCGUUCUUGUAUGGAUAGCUUUUUGAUUAUUUGUAUAAGUAACCCAAACUUGCUGCCCAAAUAUAUUAUAAAACGCCAUAUGUUAACUAUUCUCAUGUUUGUGAAGUUUUUAUACCCUUGCAAUGGGUAUUAUAAUUUUAUCUCAAAAUAUGUACCGCAUAGGAGUCAUCUCCGACCUCAUAAAGUAUGUAUAUUGUUCGUUCUCGGGAAACCAGAUAGACCGGGCUUAGCGUGCUUCGUUUUUCCAAAACUAUUUAGUCUAAUAUCGAUUUUUGAGUGAAUUGCUAAUCUGUUGCGAGCUACUCCUUCUCUUCACACACUCUCUAUAUCACAGCGCUGCCCUUAUUUUAGAGUUGCGCUUCUGCAUCCUUUUCAAACUGUACAAAGCUCAUGUAACAUUUGGAUGGUCAAUCGUCGGUAUGUCUUAUGGGAUAUUUCAACCCGAUAAAACGAUUUUCUCGAUUUUUCCAUAUUUUCCUAGCUCUUGCAGCUUAAGCUGUGCGUUAAUGACCAAUCAGUCAGUCAGUCAGUCAGGACAUACGGUUUUAUAUAUGGAGAUACAUAAUUAAAAAAUAAAAAAAGAAACACAUUGUUUAAUUUAUAUUAUC